UACACAGUCUCGGAGUCUAUUAAAAGUCUAAAAUUGUAACAGUAGUUUAGUAUUUAACCGCAUUUGUUACCAUAAUCUUUGAUAACGUGUAAACCCUUUUUUGUAUUUUCUGUGAUGAUAUAACAAUGCGAAAUUACAUAGUACCAACGGUACUUAUUCUAGUUUUAAAUUCGUUUAGUGUUAAAUCUAGUCCUGUUAAACCUAAGAAUCUUGAAACAUGCCAGUCAUGCCAUCCUCUAGUUGACGGAAAAAUUAACGUCCAUCUUGUGCCACAUUCUCACGAUGACGUAGGCUGGUUGAAAACAUUUAGCCAAUACUACUAUGGGACUGGAGAUUUCACAACAUAUGAGAACGCAGGUGUCCAAUACAUCCUAAAUUCCACGAUUAAAGCCCUCAAAGCAAAGCCCGACAGAAGGUUCAUCCAAGUCGAAACCGCCUUCUUCUGGAAAUGGUGGCUGCACCAAGACGAAGCGACCAAACAAGACACCAUAGAUUUGGUCAACAAUGGGCAACUCGAAAUGAUAAAUGGAGCCUGGUCCAUGAACGACGAAGCGGCAGCCCAUUAUCAAUCCAUCAUCGACCAGUUCACUUGGGGUUUUAGAAUUUUGGCAAAAACUGUGGGAGAGUGCGCCCGUCCGAAAAUAGGUUGGCAAAUAGACCCGUUUGGUCACAGCAGGGAACAUGGGUCGAUUUGCAAACAGUUCGGGUUUGAGGGUUUAGUGGUAGGGAGAAUCGACUAUAGGGAUAAGGCUCGACGAAAAAGCAACCAAAGUUUGGACUUCAUUUGGAAAACCAGCAACAAUUUAAACAACUCGGAGCUUUUCACCACCAUGUUUCCCGAUUUUUACGUAGACGAGCCUGGAUAUAGGUUCGACGUCUUGCAUGGGAAUACCAUAGAAGACUCGAACUUAAACGACAAGGUUAACGGCUUUGCCAAAAUUUUAGACACGUAUAGAAAAUAUUACCAAACUUCUAAUAUCAUGAUGCCCAUGGGCAACGACUUCACGUAUCAAGUGGCCGAAAGGAACUUCAAAAAUAUGGACAAACUCAUAAAGGGUUUCCAAAACCACCAAACUUACAACGUGUUCUACUCAACCCCUUCUUGCUACAUCAAAGCCGUCCAGGACGAAGUUCGUCAAAAAUCUAUAGUUCUAGAGGAAAAAACCGACGACUUUUUUCCGUACGCAUCUAACUCUAAUUCGUACUGGACGGGCUAUUUUACCUCCAGACCCACACUAAAACGGUUUGAAAGAAUAGGCAACAAGGUACUCCAAAGCGUCAAACAAUUGGCCACUUUUUCACGAAUCAAGGACCAAGACCAUGAUAUCUACACUCUAGACUUGAGACAAGCUAUGGGUGUGCUGCAACACCACGACGCCAUCACUGGUACCGAAAAACAAUUCGUUGCCAAUGACUAUGCCAAACUGCUUGACAGCGCGAUCAAAAAAGCCGAAGAACCACUUAGUGAAAUAAUAACAACUCUUUUAGGGAAAAACGGUUCACCAAACCUGAACCUAAAUUUUUCUUCGUGCUUAUUGACCAACAUCACCGUGUGUGACAAUUCCCAAAAAGAACGCUUUGUGGUUGUUGUCCAAAACCCUCUGUCCAGAAGUGUGACUCAUUACGUUCGUCUUCCUGUCAAUAGUGACGGUUUUAAAAUAACAGGACCUGACGGUGAAGAAAGUUUCGACGUUUUUGAAAGCAUCCACAAGUUUGACUAUGUCAGGGCAAAAAUUGCGUCCAAAGAACUGGUUUUUGCGGCUAGAAAUUUGCCACCACUUGGUGUGAAACUUUACUACGUUGAAAAAACGUCUUUGUCUAAACGGUUUAAGCCUUUUAAAAAAUUGACAGAGGAUUUGUAUUUCGGGACCAAGAGCAAUGGUUUCAUCGUUGACUACGCGAGUGGUAAAGUCAAGUCGGUGACUAUUAAAGGAAUCACACGUCAAGUCAAUCAAGAGUUUCUCACCUAUCGUACGACAUCUUCAGGCGCUUAUUUGUUCAGACCGUAUGACAAAGCAGCUGCACCGAUUGCUAGUAAGGUAGGUACUUACGCUUUAGGAAGUUUCGUCGACGAGUACCACCAAGUCAUUAAUACAGAAGUUACCCAAAUUACAAGAGUCUAUAAGGGCGAAAAUGACGCCUACAUCGAAUUUGACUGGCUAGUCGGAAACUUACAAUACAUUGAUUCCUACGGGAAAGAACUAGUCACAAGGUACACCAUUCAAGAUUUCAACAACAAUGAAACCUUUUACACUGAUUCAAACGGUCGAGAAAUGAUAAAACGUCAGUUGAACCACCGAAACGAUUACUCGUACGACCCCUCGAGUUCCCCUGUCACCGGUAAUUACUACCCUGUGACGUCAAAAAUCGGGAUUAAGGACGAAACGAACAAGUUCCAAAUGGCGGUUUUGAAUGAUCGUGCCCAGGGUGGUACCAGUUUGACAGAAGGGAGCAUAGAAUUGAUGCUUCACCGGAGGUUGACACAAGAUGAUGGUUUGGGUGUGGGUGAAACGUUAAAUGAAAAACAGUACGGGCAAGGGUUGUACGCACGAGGGAGACAUUUUCUGACGUUUGGUAGUACCGAAGCAAAUGGUACAGCCGCUUUUGAAAGAAAUUUAGCAGAAGAGGUACUUUUGUCGCCUUUGGUGCUACUCGCUGAUGUUAGUACCGAGGGACUGACUUUGGAAAAAAUUCAGGGGUUGCUGGAGUUCAAGUUUGAAGGAUUGACGGCGUCGCUGCCUCAGAAUGUCCAUAUAUUGACUUUGGAACCUUGGAUUGACAGUUAUUUACUAAGGCUUGAACAUAUUUUGGAACGGGGUGAAGAUGAAGAGUUGUCGAAACCUGUGACGGUUGAUCUUAAUAAACUUUUCACUUUAUUUUCAAUUACAAAAAUUAGAGAAACUUCUUUAGGUGCUAACGAGUUUCUAGAGGACUCAGAAGUUGGUGUAACUAAAACGGUGACCUUAGAGCCCAUGCAAAUUAGGACGUUUAUUUUCGAGACUGAUGGUAAUAAUUCUGGUGGGAAUGAUGACAGUGACGGUGAUGACGAUGACGAUUAUUCCAAAGGUGGUGAUAGUACCACUCGAACCACGUCUUCACUAUUUAUUUUACUUAUAGUUUUAAAUUAUUUAUUUAUGUAAAUAUACCAAGACUGACGUCGUUUUUA